AGAGCCAGACGUAAGCCAGUCUGUUCCCAUACCCGGUGAAAGGCACACGUUUGCCUCCACUUAACCCUAACUUAAUCGUAACUUAAACCGAUUUUUCGUAAAAUAUUCUAAGUAAAAACUAUUUUGUACCAAAAUAGAGCAGUAAUCAAGUGGUAUAAGUGAUUUCAAGUGAAGUUUAAGUCAUGUGUAGCAAGGUUAAGAGACCAGUGCGAACUUUUUUGUUUCUUUUAUUAUUAUAGUGGAAUGCGUAAAAUACUUUUGUAGGAUGCCGUGUACAUUUAACUGUGAUUUCACAAAACGAGCUGUAGUUAGGAAUUGUUAAUUGUAAGCACCUCGCAAAUAAAAUGGCCUAACAGUGACAGUAUAAGUGAAGAAACAAUUAAAAAUAUGUCAUGAAGGGCCAAAACCAUGUGAUUUUUAAAUACAACAUGAGUGCCACUUCUCGUCCACCUUAUUGACAACAACUACGAAAGUUAAAACAAAAGUGCGAAGAUGGAAGCCGCCAUUUUAUGCCCGCCGCAUUGACAAGAUGGCGUCCGGCGUAUUCCGGUUUCUGGUGCUGCUGGCAGUGCUGGUGUGGGUGGCUGGAGACGAGGCCAAGGUUGCAGUCACCUCGAACGCCAGCUGGUUCUCCAUGGGUCUCCUAGACUUCGAGAAGUGGACGCACCGGGACCUCUUCGCCGAGAAGUCCAGGCUUUGCGCCAGGAUCCGCGGCCUGACGCCUGGCCAGAGGCGCGUCUGCCGUCGCCACAGAGACCACAUGCCUGUCGUCAGUGCUGGAGUGAAACAGGGGAUUGAGGAGUGCCAGUACCAGUUUAGAGAGAGGCGAUGGAACUGUACUAUCACGGGAGAUGGGACGGUGUUUGGACCCUUGACUCUGAUAGCAUCAAGAGAGACCGCGUUCACGCACGCCGUGACGUCAGCGGGGGUGUCCCUCUGGGUGUCCCGGGCGUGCCGGGACGGGCGGCUGUCCAGCUGCGGGUGCAGCCGCGCGCCGCGUCCCAGCCACCUGCGGGACGAGUGGGUGUGGGGCGGGUGCGGGGACAACCAGCGAUACGGGUACAAGUUCACAGAGAGUUUCGUGGACAUCCGCGAGAGAGAGCGCAAGGUGAAGAGAGGCAGUCGCGAGCAGGGCCGUCAGCUUAUGAACAGGCACAACAACGAAGCUGGUAGACGGGCUGUGAUCAAGAAGUCCCGCGUGACGUGCAAGUGCCACGGCGUGUCAGGGUCGUGCAGCCUCGUCACGUGCUGGGAACAGCUGCCUACCUUCAGGGAAGUUGGAGACUAUUUAAAAGAAAAGUACGAGGGAGCGACAGAAGUGACAGUCUCCCGGCGAGGCAAGCUGAGGCUCAGUGACCCUCGGUUCGUGCUGCCCACGGCACAAGACCUGCUCUACCUCGAAGAGUCGCCCAACUACUGCGUUAGGAACGAGUCUUUGGGCUCCCUAGGCACAGUUGGUCGUGAAUGCAACAGAACCUCAGCAGGCAUGGACGGCUGCGCUCUUCUGUGCUGCGGCCGCGGGUAUAACACCAAGAAAAUCACCAUCAAAGAGCGGUGCGGCUGCAAAUUCCAUUGGUGCUGUCGAGUGGAGUGCAACACUUGCGUUAAGACUGUAGAGGUGUAUACUUGUAAAUAGAUAGUGCAUUUGUGAUUACUUAAUUAUCUAAGGAGAGUUAAUUAAAUUCCACUACUUUAGAAUGUGGUUUACAUAAAUUAAUGUUCCUUCCUUUCACGAAAUAGUUAUGUUAUUGAAAUAAGUGUGAGGGUUUGAAAUCCCAACUUUUCGCUUGGGUUGUUAUAAAACCCAAAAAUGUCAAUAACUAGAAGUUUCAACUAAUUACAUAACAUUACUGCGGAUACCUACUGUGUAGUGAAACUGAAAAUAUUAUGAUAAUGCAAUAGAUGCUUAAUGGAGUUCUUGCCAAAUUAUUGAGGUAGGUAGUUGUAAUACUAUGAAAAUAAUAUAAAUUAAGAGAUGUAUUUUUCUGUAUGUGCUCAUUUAAUAAGGUUAAUUACUAAGGUAGAAACCUAGCUAAUAAGCUUUCAUAAAAUACUCAAUUUAAUCACCUUAAUAGAUUUAUAGCUUAAAAACGUAAUAUUAUUUGUAAAUGUUGUUUUAAAUUGAAUAAUAAAAUUGACUUUAGUAGUUGACUCAGAUUAUUUUCGGGGUAUUCCCGGAUAGGACAAUUAAAAAAGAAACUUUUUCAAACCAGCUUACAAAAAAAAAUAUGAAUUUAUAUUUCCAAUUUUUUCCGGAUAAAACCCUACUUACUCGUAUCUACCUACAUUUUAUUAAAAGAAGAGGCUUUUAAACUUACCUUACAUUAAUGUCGCAAAUAAACUGUAUGGUAUUGUUUUAAAAUUAAGCAUUAGCACUAAAAGGAUGCAAUAAUAAUAUUAUGAACGUCUUAAACUGGGUCUCCAGCGCUUGUUUUGCCCUACACAAUCAACCAAACCUGUCAACAUUCAACAAAAUUGCCUACAAAAAACGUCGAACAAAAUUGCCACCAUUAUAAAACCUAAUUAACGUUUUAUUUUUUUGUUAACUACUUAGUCAAUUAAUUUAUUCCAUUAGGUAUUUGAUAAUUAAAAAAACUAAAUAAACGUUUUAAUAAGUAAGUAAGUAAGAACCUUAUUAAUUUUAUAAAUAUUAAGAGUGCCAACCCUAACGCUCAGUUGAAGUGUAGGUAUUUAACUCGCCGAAAGGGCUAAGUUUCCGUACUGAGCCCCGAUUACGGUAACUUUUAACGUCAACAAUCCAGACACGCUUCUCGA